AUGCGAACAAGUGUGGACACAAGUUUAAGAAGCAUAAGGGGGAACACAUCGUCUAAUGUUACAAGCAUUCGUACAAGUGUUGAUAAUAUUUUCAAUAGUAUCAAGGGGAACACACCAUCCAAUGUUUCCAGCAUUCGGACAAGAGUGGAUAGCAAUCUCAAAAGCAUCAGGGGAAAUACUUUAUCUAAUGUUUCUAGCAUUCGUACAAGUGUGGAUAGUAAUCUCAAUAGUAUCAAGGGGAACACACCAUCCAAUGUUUCCAGCAUUCGGACAAGAGUGGAUAACAGUCUCAUAAGCAUCAGGGGAAACACCUUAUCUAAUGUUUCUAGCAUUCGUACAAGCGUGGAUAGUAAUCUCAAUAGUAUCAAGGGGAAAACACCAUCCAGUGUUUCCAGCAUUCGGACAAGAGUAAAUAACAGUCUCAUAAGCAUCAGGGGAAAUACUUUAUCUAAUGUUUCUAGCAUUCGUACAAGUGUGGAUAUUAGUCUCAAUAGUAUCAAGGGGAACACAUCAUCCAAUGUUUCUAGCAUUCGUACAAGUGUGGAUAAUAGUAUCAAAUCUUCAAAGUAUUCCCAAUAUUCGUAA